AUCAAAUCCACUUAUUGAAAUAUAUCAUUCAGAUCCUGUGUGAUGUAACUGGAGCUGGUACAGUGCUAUAGAGAAUUAUGAGACUUAGCCUGGAUAUUAAUUUGUCUUCUAGAGAAUAGAUUUAGUAUCCAUUCUUCUGCAAUGGCUAAUCCAUGCAGAAAACUGCUAUUUAAUAUUUACAUGGGAUUUUACUGCUCAACCAUCAUGCCCAAAAUGUGCAUUUGUUCUCAACUUUCAAUGUCAUCUACCGAUCCAUUCAAUAAGGACCCUGGGGCUUUCCCCGUAGCCACCAAUGGGGAACCAUUUCCUUGGAACAAGCUAAGGCUCCCCAGCAUGGUAAUUCCCCUCCACUAUGACCUUUUGGUCCAUCCAAAUCUCACCUCGUUGGACUUCGUUGGUUCUGAGAAGAUUGAAGUCUUGGUUAGAGAUGCCACUCAAUAUAUCAUCUUGCACAGCAAAGACCUUGAAGUCAUGAAUGUCAUCCUUCAAUCAGAGGAAGAUUUGAGAUACAGGAAACCAGGAAAAAAGCUGAAUGUUUUGAGCUAUCCUGCUCAUCAACAAAUUGCACUGUUGGUUCCAGAGAAACUAAUGGCUGAUUUGAGAUACUCUGUGGCUAUCAACUUCCAGGCCAAGUUAGCCAAUGGUUUUGAAGGGUUUUAUAAAAGCACAUACAGAACUCGUGGUGGUAAAACAAGAAUAGUUGCAGUAACGGAUUUUGAGCCAACUGAAGCCCGGACGGCUUUCCCUUGCUUUGAUGAACCAUUGUUUAAAGCCAACUUUUCCAUCAAGAUAAGAAGAGAAAGUGGACACAUUGCACUCUCCAACAUGCCAAAGGUUAAGACAAUUGAACUUGAAGGAGGCCUCCUAGAAGAUCAUUUUGAAACUACGGUAAAAAUGAGUACAUACCUUGUAGCUUACAUAGUUUGUGAUUUCAACUCUGUGAGUGGUACCACCUCCUCAGGAGUCAAGGUGUCCGUCUAUGCAUCCCCAGAUAAAUGGAGUCAAACACAUUAUGCUUUGGAAGCAUCAUUAAAGCUACUUGAUUUUUAUGAAAAUUACUUUGAUAUCAACUAUCCACUCCCCAAAUUGGAUCUAAUUGCCAUUCCUGAUUUUGGGUCUGGAGCCAUGGAAAAUUGGGGCCUCAUCACAUAUAGCGAGACAUCACUGCUCUUUGAUACUAAGACUUCUUCUGCUUCUGAUCAACUAUGGGUCACCAAAGUCAUAGCCCAUGAACUAGCACACCAGUGGUUUGGCAACCUGGUUACAAUGGAAUGGUGGAAUGAUAUUUGGCUCAAUGAAGGUUUUGCAACAUACAUGGAACUCAUCUCUGUUAAUGCCACAUAUCCAGAGCUACAAUCUGAUGAUGCUUUUUUGGAUGUGUGUUUUGCAGUAAUUAAAAAAGAUUCAUUAAAUUCAUCCCGUCCUAUCUCCAAUCAAGCAGAAACUCCUACUCAGAUAGCGGAAAUGUUUGAUGUAGUUUCCUAUAACAAGGGAGCUUGUAUUUUGAAUAUGCUCAAGGAUUUUCUGAUUGAGGAGAAAUUCCACAAAGGAAUUAUUCACUACUUAAAGAGGUUCAGUUAUGGAAAUGCUAAAAAUGAUGAUUUGUGGAGCAGUCUGUCAAAUAGUUGUCUAGGUGAUUUUACAUCUGGUGAAUUUUGUUAUUCUGAUUCCAAGAUGACAAGCAAUACACUCGCCUUCCUGGGGGAAAACGUGGAGGUCAAGGAGAUGAUGACGACGUGGACUCAGCAGAAAGGAAUCCCCCUGGUGGUGGUUACACGAGAAGGGCGUUCCCUCAGGCUGCAGCAGGAGCGCUUCCUGAGCGGGGUUUUCAAAGAGGACCCUGAAUGGAGGGCCCUGCAGGAGAGGUACCUCUGGCAUAUUCCACUGACCUACUCCACGAGUUCCUCUAAUGUGAUCCAUAGACACGUUCUAAAAUCAAGGACAGAUACUCUGGAAUUAUCUGAAAAUACCAGUUGGGUGAAAUUCAAUGUGGAUUCAAAUGGCUACUACGUUGUCCACUAUGAGGGGCGUGGAUGGGACCAACUUAUUACCCAGCUGAAUCAGAACCACACACUUCUCAGACCUAAGGACAGAGUAGGUCUGAUUCAUGAUGCAUUUCAGCUAGUAAGUGCAGGAAGGUUGACCCUAGACAAAGCCCUUGACCUGACUCGCUAUCUCCAACAUGAAGCAAGCAUCCCCGCACUUCUCAAAGGUCUGGAAUACUUAGAAUUGUUUUACCACAUGAUGGACAGAAAGAAUGUUUCAGAUGUUACGGAAAACCUCAAGCAUUACAUUCUCCGGUAUUUUAAGCCAGUGAUUGACACGCAAAGCUGGAGUAACAAGGGCUCUGUCUGGGACAGGAUGCUUCGAUCAACCAUCUUAAAACUGGCCUGUUACCUGAACCAUGCUCCUUGCAUCCAGAAGGCAACUGAACUCUUCUCUCAGUGGAUGGAAUCCAGUGGAAAAUUAAACAUUCCAUCAGAUGUUUUAAAUAUUGUAUAUUCUGUGGGUGCUCAGACAACAGUAGGAUGGAAUUACCUUUUAGAGCAAUACGGACUGUCCAUGUCAGAUGCUGAAAAAAAGAAAAUUCUGUAUGCAUUGUCAACCAGCAAACAUCAGGAAAAGUUAAUGAAAUUAAUUGAACUAGGAAUGGAAGGAGAAGUCAUCAAGACACAGGAGUUGUCCCCUCUUCUUUAUGUGAUCGCCAGAAACCCAAAGGGGCAGCGAUUAUCCUGGAAUUUUUUAAGAGAAAAUUGGACCCAUCUCCUAAAAAAGUUUGACUUGGGCUCAUAUGCCAUGAGAAUGAUCAUCUCUGGCACAACAUCUCACUUCUCUUCCAAGGAUGAGUUGCAAGAGGUGAAACUGUUCUUUGAAUCCCUUAAGGCCCAAGGAUUACAUCUGGAUAUUUUUCAAAUUAUUUUGGAAACUAUAUCCAAAAAUAUUAAGUGGCUGGAGAAGAAUCUUCCCACUCUGAGGACUUGGCUACUGGUUAAUUCUUAAAUGGUCAGUAGAAA